GAAAAGGGUAAUGUGCAGAACAUUCUUCAUCUUCAUUCUCUUUCCUUUCUCUCUCUUUUCAACCCAAACAACAAAGAAGAUUAAGCUUUCUCAAAUUUGAAUUCGCAAUUCAAAAUCACUUUUCACUCUGAUCUCAAUUCCACCACCACUGUUUCUGAUCUCAAAAAGCUUCAAUUUUUACAAACAAACUUUGAUUCACCGAAUUGGGUAUGCUUCAAAGUUCAAUUCAAAAUCAUUAUGGUGAAAAUUAGAGAAGUGGGUUUUGUUCCCUUACCUAGAUAAGAAAAAGGGUUUCUUCUUUCUUCACCAGAAUCAUCAUCUUCAUAUCAGGGUUCAUUGUGUUCUAGAUUUGAAAAAAGGGUGUUUUUUUUUUCCUUCUUCUGUGUUUGUUUUGUUUGAUGAACUAUGUUUAAAAAGGUGUUUGGUAAAAUUCCUAAAAAGUCCUCAAAAGGUUCUGAGAAUCGUGAACAAGGUGGAAAUUCAAGAAGCCAUGGUGUUGCAACCUCAAAAAACAGUGAUGUUGUUACACAACCUGGGAGUAGCAAAACUGGUAAUUCUUCUAAUUCUUCUUUGAAUGCAGGACAAGGACAGUUACAUAGUCAUGGUAACAAAUCUUCAUUACCUAUGAAUGAGAAUUCCAAUGGUAAUUUUAAUUCUUAUGAAGCUUUACCAGCAUUUAGGGAUGUUCCGAAUUCCGAAAAACCGAGCUUGUUUAUAAAAAAGCUUAAGAUGUGUAGUGUUGUUUUUGACUUCACUGACCCUACUAAGCAUCUUAAGGAAAAGGAGAUUAAGAGACAAGCUUUGGUUGAGCUUGUUGAUUACGUGUCUUCUGUUAAUGCUAAGUUUACUGAGAAUGUAAUGCAAGAGGUUGUUAAGAUGGUGUCUGUAAAUAUAUUCAGAACACUAAGUCCUCAACCGCGUGAGAAUAAGCUCGUUGAUGGCGUUGAAUUGGAGGAGGAGGAGCCUUCGAUGGAUCCUUCUUGGCCUCAUUUGCAAAUUGUUUAUGAGCUUUUUCUUAGAUUUGUGGCAUCGCCUGAGCUGGAUGCGAAGUUGGCUAAGAGAUUCAUUGAUCAAUCGUUUAUUUUGAGGCUGCUUGAUUUGUUUGACUCCGAAGAUCCUAGAGAAAGGGAGUAUUUGAAAAUGUCUUUACAUCGGAUCUAUGGCAAGUUAAUGGCGCAUCGACCUUUCAUCAGAAAAUCAAUCAAUAACAUCUUUUUGAACUUUGUUUUUGAGACUGAGAAGCAUAAUGGAAUUGCUGAGUUUUUGGAAAUUCUGGGGAGUAUCAUUAAUGGUUUUGCAUUGCCAUUGAAAGAAGAGCAUAAAUUGUUUCUGGUUCGAAUAUUGAUUCCGUUGCACAAACCAAAGUGCUUAGCAAUGUAUCAUCAGCAGUUAUCUUAUUGCAUUACUCAGUUUGUGGAGAAAGACUGCAAGCUUGCUGAUACAAUAAUAAGGGGGUUAUUGAAGUACUGGCCGAUAACAAAUAGUUCAAAGGAAGUUAUGUUCCUAGGUGAGUUGGAAGAAGUCUUGGAAGCAACUCAACCUCCAGAAUUCCAGCGAUGUAUGGUGCUAUUGUUUCGCCGUGUUUCUCAUUGUUUGAAUAGCCCCCAUUUUCAGGUGGCGGAAAGAGCUUUGUUCUUGUGGAAUAACGAUCACAUCGUGAACUUAAUCAAACAAAACUGCAAAGUGAUACUUCCUAUCAUCUUUCCCGCAUUGGAGAGAAAUACAAAAACUCAUUGGAAUCAAGCUGUCCAUAGUUUGACUUUAAAUGUUCAGAAGAUUUUUCACGAUCUCGAUCUCGAUCUGUACAAAGAAUGUUUACAAAAGUUUGAGCAAGACGAAUCAAAGGAAGGUGAAGUGACAGCAGGGCGCGAAGCCACAUGGAAACGCUUGGAGGAGGUUGCCGCAAAGAAAGCUGCAAGUAACGAAGCUGUGCUUAUUAGUAAAGCACUACCUCGCAAAUCUGCAGGUUAGAUAGAAAUGGAACAUGUAUUCUGUUAUAUAGCUUCAUUUUUUAAGAACGAAUUUUAUAGUAUUUUUUUGGCAUGUGAUGGGUUGGCCAAGAAAAGGCAAUUUCUUGAAUACUUUGACAUUCACUUCCUAUAGGAAUUGAAGGCUAUUUAUUAUUAAGUAGUGGAUAAUCUCAUAUUCACGACAACGUCCAAAGCCUAACUAGUGCAUUUUGCUUA